UGGAGUGCCGUAAAUUGUAAAAUGGCGGCCGAAGGCGGUGUCGCUUCGUCUGGUAAUCCUAACGCAGAAAUUGUUAGAGGACAAGUAUUUGAAGUAGGACCAAGAUACACAAGCCUUUCGUACAUUGGGGAAGGAGCUUAUGGAAUGGUUGUAUCAGCCUAUGAUAACGUUACAAAGACAAAAGUAGCAAUCAAGAAGAUUUCACCUUUCGAACAUCAGACGUAUUGUCAGAGGACGCUCAGGGAAAUCAAGAUUUUAACCAGGUUUAAACAUGAAAAUAUCAUCGACAUUCGGGACAUCCUUCGCUCCACCAACAUCGACCAGAUGAGGGAUGUCUACAUAGUUCAGUGUCUCAUGGAAACAGACCUCUACAAACUGUUGAAAACCCAGCGACUCAGCAAUGAUCACAUAUGCUACUUCCUGUACCAGAUCCUCCGAGGACUGAAGUACAUCCACUCGGCCAACGUGCUGCACCGAGACCUGAAGCCCAGCAACUUGCUGCUGAACACGACGUGCGACUUGAAGAUCUGUGACUUUGGCCUGGCAAGAGUGGCGGAUCCCGAUCACGACCACACGGGCUUCUUGACGGAGUACGUGGCCACCCGCUGGUACAGGGCCCCGGAGAUAAUGCUCAACUCCAAGGGCUACACCAAGUCCAUCGACAUCUGGUCGGUGGGCUGCAUCCUGGCGGAGAUGCUGUCGAACCGGCCCAUCUUCCCGGGCAAGCACUACCUGGACCAGCUGAACCACAUCCUGGGCGUGCUGGGCUCGCCCACGCCCGCCGACCUGGAGUGCAUCAUCAACGACAAGGCGCGCAGCUACCUGCAGUCGCUGCCCUUCAAGCCCAAGGUGCCCUGGACCAAGCUGUUCCCCUCGGCCGACGCCAAGGCGCUGGACCUGCUGGACCGCAUGCUGACCUUCAACCCGGGCAACCGGGUGGGCGUGGAGGACGCCCUGGCCCACCCCUACCUGGAGCAGUACUACGACCCCGCUGACGAGCCCGUGGCCGAGGAGCCGUUCAGGUUCGACAUGGAGCUGGACGACCUGCCGAAGGAGACCCUGAAGAAGUACAUAUUCGAGGAAACAGUAUUGUUCAAGGACAAGAUGGACCUGGAACACCAAGCCAUUUAGUGCUGUGAGAGCUUCGUACGUGCCGCGCGAAACUGUAUACCGGAGACGUGCAUCAGGCUUUGCCGGGAUGCGCGCAGAAGACGCAAGGCAGCGGCACAUAUCUUUCCUUUUAUUGUUGGACUUUUUUCGAUAUAUAAUAAUAAAUGUUCCAAGAAUUA